AUGACCGAGGAAAGUCUGAGUCAACAGCUUGCUGAGCACCUGCGACUGAAUGAACCAAGCGCUAUUUCUUCUACUGGUAUUUCCAAGUAUGUAGUAACUGCAAAAGGAUGUCAUAAGGUGUUGGUGACCCGUGAACUUUUGUUAUUUAUAUUUUGUGCUAUGCCCAUACGUUUAAUUUUGAAAAUGCGUUUAGUUUGUCGUCUUUGGGAAGCGAUACUGCAAGAUGAUCAUACGUGGAAACAAAUCUAUGAAUCAAGGUUUGGUAAAGUUGAACAUCCGCUAUUUCUUGAAGAUCAGACAUAUAAAUAUAUAUGUAUUUUCAAGGAAUAUCAUGAGGCACGGUUAUGGUCAAAUUCGAACAUCACGACGAUUAAUGAAUCCUCACAAUCAUUAACUCGAUACAAACUUUUUGGUGAAUUCGCAUUAUCAAAUCAAUAUAUGUAUGACAUUCUUGCCGUUGACGUAACUGAAUGUGGUAUCGCAGUUGCUUUGGUAUCUCAGAAGCGGCUAGUUCUUGAUGAAACAGUCGUUGGCGGCAUUCGCGUGGUAGAUGAACGACCCACGAUCUCGAACGUAGAUUUCACUUUGGUGCCAAAUGUAGAGAUCAAGGUUUACGUGAAAUUGAUUCCAUUCAGUAAUAACAGUGACAAAUUUGAUUAUUAUUCUUGUGAUAUACAACGAGUAACAGUUUCUCAGAAUGAUUUAGCUCGAGAUGCCAACUGGGUUAGAAAUAUUGUUCGAGUUCAAUUUGCAUAUAACCUUUUCAUGUAUUCUUCGGAUAUUGCCUUGGGAACAUGUAAGAUAUUCUCGUACAAUAAAUCACUCGGCAAUUUCAAUAUAAGAAAUCCACCGUUGAAGGAAUUGGCAGCCUCAUUCAAUUUUUUGGUUGCCGGUACAGAACUAGGAAAUUUUCAAUUGUCUACAUGUGUAAGUGUUUACAAGCACAUGGUUACAUCAUUAGACCUUGAUGAAAGGUAUAGGUUCGAGAUUAUAAUACCGGAUGUAGAGAUCGAAUCUCAACGAAUUUACACUCCUACGGUAAUUCAAGAGACAGUCAAGGGUAAAAUCACAGCGUUCCAUAUGGAUCCGAAUGAUUUUAUGAUUGUGGGAUAUUUUAAUAAUGAAAAGGAAACAAUGCUUCGUGCUUGGGAUUUAAGAAAAAUUCGACAUCUUGAAAGCUUUGAAUCACAAGAAUUCCGUAAAGAUAUUGUACAAUACAUUGCAAAACUACCGGCUAAGGCACAAAGUUUUUCCGUGCGAUGGAGAAAUUCAAGUAGUGAAAUUCAACCACUUUUAAUAACAGAACGAGAAAAACAAUUGCAAGUAUCACCAGAAAUUAUAGUAGCGUGUAGUGGAGGACAUGUCCUUAUAUUUGUUCCGGAUACCACUACACCUAAAUCAGAUGGUGAUAAGGAGUUUAUACAAAAAUUAAAUAUGGUGUGGGAAGUGAACACGGGAUUGACAUCAUGUCGACUUAUUGGUGUACAGAAUUGGUUACAAUGUAAUUAUCCAUCCAAUGGGAAUUGGAUUUUUAUUUCAGCCAAACAAACCAAGGGAGACAUGAAGGUUCCAAUAGUUGUUCAAUUCUGCCUUACAAAAUCCUCGAAUACAAGACCGUGUUAUGGUUAUCUUGAAAUCGAUGGGAAUAACCCAAAUAAAGAAGGAAUAAAACGACAAAGUCCAUAUACGCGACUUGUACAUAGAAUAUUUGCACAGAAAAUACCACAUUCUGCAACUAUAGUUCAAGCUAUGCCGUAUCUUCCACAUUAUUUUUUGAUCGUAUAUCAAAGACGAGAAUCUGAUAUUAUUAGACCUCGGCCACGCUUUGGCUUAUUAAUUUACGAUUAUCACAAUUCAAAUCUUGUCAACAUAAAUAUUCAAUCAUCCCCUUUAUAUUUUAUGGUGCCAUCUGGAUAUAUUGUGAUGGCAACAGAUGGAUUUAAGGAUGAUAUUGUAUACAUGCCGUUUCCAAAUCUUAAAUCUCGUGGCCGACUAGGCAGAGUCAAUUCUACAAAUUCUAAACAAAAUCGGCCAAAGUUACAGCCUGAUGGAGCUAAUAGAAUCAAGGUGAACCGUGGACCUGGCGGAAAACGCACAAGACAACCUAAGAGUAUAAAAAUUGAUAAAAGGAAACACAGUAGUAAAAUUCAAUAUUCUUGA